GCCUUUUUUAGAAUUUUUUUUUGUUAAUGGCUCUGAGAUCAGCAAAGCUUCCACUUUUCAGUCCUUUACACGGGUUUGUAGAUAAAGGAAGAAGAUUUGUGUGGCAAAGAAGUAGAUCCAUGGCUCCUGCGGCGAAGCUAGACAACAAUGAGGAGCUCCGGCGACUCAAGGACGUUAAUAUUGACGAAGCUUCUGGGCGUCGUCAUGUUCGUGAUUCCUUGAAAGAUAUCCAGCUCAAUCUUGAUCAUAUCCUCUUCAAGACUCCUGAAAAUGGAAUUAAGACAAAGGAGUCUUAUGAGGUGAAUUCGAGAGGAAUUGAGAUCUUCUCCAAAAGCUGGCUUCCUGAAGCUUCUACCCCUAGAGCUUUGGUUUGUUUCUGCCAUGGCUAUGGAGAUACUUGCACGUUUUUCUUUGAAGGAAUUGCGAGGAGAUUGGCAUUAUCGGGUUAUGGAGUUUUCGCUAUGGAUUAUCCAGGAUUUGGCUUAUCGGAGGGCUUGCAUGGUUAUAUCCCUAGCUUUGAUCUUCUUGUUCAAGAUGUCUUGGAGCAUUACUCCAACAUAAAAGAGAAGCCCGAGUUUAGUUCUCUACCUAGCUUUCUAUUUGGACAGUCAAUGGGUGGAGCCGUGUCGCUCAAAAUACAUCUUAAACAACCAAAUGCGUGGACUGGCGCAGUCUUGGUAGCACCAAUGUGCAAAAUUGCAGAUGAUUUGGUUCCACCACCGGUAUUAAAACAGAUUUUGAUUGGUCUAGCCAGUGUUCUACCGAAACACAAGUUGGUUCCACAAAAGGAUUUAGCAGAAGCAGCGUUUAGAGAUAUCAGGAAGAGAGAGAUGACACCAUACAAUGUAAUUUGUUACAGCGGCAAACCACGGCUACGCAGUGCAGUAGAAAUGCUUCGAACAACUCAAGAGAUUGAAAAACAAUUGCAAAAGGUGUCUCUGCCAAUAUUGAUUCUACACGGAGAAGCUGACACAGUGACAGAUCCGUCAGUGAGCAGAGAGCUUUACGAGAAAGCGAAAAGUGCGGACAAGAAGAUAGUUUUGUAUGAAAAUGCUUACCAUUCUCUGCUCGAAGGCGAACCUGACGACAUGAUUCUGCGUGUCUUGUCCGAUAUUAUCUCGUGGCUGGACGAGCAUAGUCUGCAAGCUGAGGGAUCAGUAGUUACUUCUAUGUAGCUUAUGAACGUUUGUUUCGUUUUACUUUAGGUAGAAUUUAUUUCUAUUCCAUUUACCUUGUGAAAGGGUGGUAUUUCUCAACGAAUUAGCAAAUAAAUGGUCAUUUUUUCGCAAUCAAUAUUACAUGACAACUUCGUUUUAA